UCCUCGGCAACGGUCUUUCACUUCAAACAUUUUUCGGCCGACAAUCAAUAAAUAUUCAUGUGGUUGUAACGUUCGCCCUUUUGUGUGGUUUCUAUUUUUUUCGGUGGUGAAUUUCGGAAACACAAGAGACUUAUUAUCGUCGCUUGCAAGUGCUUAUAUGCGUUACGCUAAGAAAACGAGUACAAUCAUUGAACUGCAGUUUCGCAACUUUCUUAGCGAUCGUCAACGAGCCAGCAACUUUUGCAUCCCUUCGUCGGUAACACAGGGGUUAGAUGAACGGCUUAAAAAUGCGCCCUCUAGUGCUGAUCCUAUUCUUCGUGCUGUCGGCAUCGGCAUCCGCCGAGCAAAGACAUCGUAAAAUAACGAUACAAUCAAUAUCCACGGAAAGCGCCAAAGAAACCGAAGAAGAAUGCUUGGCAGAUCAUCCAACCCUCGUUAAUUUGUUCUCAUGGUCAGAUUACCUCGUUCUUGCUGCUAUGCUUGUGAUAUCGUGUUUGAUCGGGACAUUCUAUGCCUGUUUUUCGAAAAAACAAGAAACAAGUAAUGACUUUUUACUUGGUGGCUCGGAUAUGGGCACUAUUCCGAUGGCUAUGUCAUUAGCUGCAAGUUUCAUCACAGCCAUCGAAUUGCUUGGCAAUCCCGCCGAAAUGUACGAGCAUGGUACGCAAUUCUGGAUGACUUGUUUGGCUUUCAUACUAGUAGUACCAAUAACCUCAAGGCUUUAUCUGCCGGUCUACAUGAAGCUGAGGCUUACAUCCAGCUACGAGUACCUUAAUCUUCGUUUCAAUCAUCACUGUAGGUUACUUGCAAGUGGCUUAUACAUGCUGCAGAUGAUACUCUACACUUCUGUCGCCGUUUACGCGCCGGCGCUAGCUUUAAGUCAUGUUACUGGUCUUAAUACUUACGUUGCUGUAACUCUAGUCUACGUUGUCUGUAUUUUUUACGCUUCCCAAGGUGGCAUGAAAGCGGUAAUAAUGACAGACACGUUCCAAGCGGUAGUGCUGAUAACCUCGCUGCUAGUCAUUGUGAUCUGGGGCACAAUCAUGUCGGGUGGCUCAUCGCUUGUCUGGGCUGACAGCCGCGAUACUGGACGUCUUGAAUUCUUUAACAUGGAUCCUACCCCGACCGUUAGACAUAGUUUCUGGAGUGUUGUUAUCGGUGGCACUUUUUACUGGACUACCAUGUUCUGUAGUAACCAAGCAUCUGUACAGAAGUAUCUUAGCGUCGAAAGCAUCAGUCAAGUUAGAAAAGCUUUGUGGGUAUCAUCCAUAGGACUCAGCUUGAUCUACACAGUGAAUUUCUUGACUGGAAUGGUAUUGUAUAGCACGUACAAGCAUUGCGAUCCGGUGAAUGCUAAACAAAUCACAGGACAGGAUCAACUGCUGCCACUUUACGUUAUGAACAUUAUGGGAGCGGCUAAAGGCGUACCAGGACUUUUUGUCGCCGGCAUUUUCGCUGCUUCGCUUGGUACUGUCGCAAGCGCAAUGAACUCAUUAGCCGCAAUCACCUGUGAAGAUGUGCUGCAAGGAUUAUUCAAGUUGGAAGUGCCAGCCCGCAAGGGGGCUAUUUACGCUAAGUGGAUAAGUGUCUUCUUCGGACUUCUCAGUUUUGCCCUAGUCUUCGUGGUCGAACGGUUAGGCGGUGUAUUGCAGGUGGCUCUGUCGUUUAACGGCAUGGUAGGUGGAGUUACUUUAGGUUUGUUCUCAUUGGGUAUGUUUAUCCCUUGGGCAAACGCUAAAGGUGCAAUGUUCGGUGCAAUCGUUAGUCUGGCUUUCGUCAUGUGGAUCGGUUUGGGAGCUCAAGUUGCAACUUUACGUGGUGAAAUUCAUCAAGACAGUAUGACCAUUUCUAUUGACAAAUGUCCUUGUUUGAAUGCGAGUGUUACGAUCGAGAUGAUGCUCGAGACGGACAGCCAUGAAGAAGCUUGGUUCAUUUAUAGAAUAAGUUACUUGUGGUAUAGUGCAAUCGGCUGCCUGACAACCAUGAUUGUUGGCGUCAUAGUAAGUUACUUUACCGGAUUUCAAGAUCCACAUGACAUCGACUACGACUUGUUUAGUCCGCCAGUUCAACGUCUCGUAGGUACAAUCAAAACGAAACCCCAUCCUGGCCGUGCGCUUGGCAUUACAAAUCUUGUUCUCGAGAUGGACGACGAAAAGUUGAGAAUCGAAAACAACAGCGUCAUUCAAGAGAAGGCGAAGCUGUAAAAAAACAUUAGUUAGAUUAUACAGUGAGUCUCGGGAAAUUAUCACUACGAGUGAUGAUGGUAUUCUGUUGUUAGUCUCGCUGACGGCCUUUUAUUUCGCUCGUUUUGGAUUCGACUUUAUUUUUAUUUAUCACGGAGACUACCAAACUCAACAGAGAGUAUUAUAUAACUUCUUGAUUUAUUUUUGUGAAACUUCGAUAUGUGUAGACUAUUUUCUGCAAAAAGUAUCGAUUCGUAGAGUAUGAUUGAAUUUCUUUUUUCAAUCUUUUCGACUUUGAAAAUCACGUUUAUGGCGUAAAAUCUGUUUUAGCUUUGAUUGUUUAUUUUGUAAACGAUUUUAGAAUAUCGUAUUACUUGUUUGUAUUUUUGUAUAUUAUUUAAUUUUUCACAGUCGUAAAAUCCAAAACUAAAAUAAUAUUUAAUAUUAUCUGUAAAUAGACCAAAAUAAAAAAAAUAUUGUACAAGUAUUUCAACUGACAAUACAUAAGACAAAACUCUU